AUUUAAUAGAAGAUGUUUAAAACAAAAAAUUAUCCUUAAGAUAGAUAUGAGAAGCGAGUCAGUAGAAUUACUGAGAAAUUUAACAUCAUAUGAUAAAACAGAGGGGAUUAUUAAUGUAUCAUUGGGGAAAGAAAAUGGAUUUAAGAAAGAAGAAUUAAUAGUAUCAAAAAACAGCGAUUUAUUAUAUAAGAAAGAAUAUUUUUGUAAAAUUAAAAAAGGAUUCCUAGAAGGGCCGGUUAAUAUAGAAAAUCAUGAAUAUUUUGAUCAUAAAUAUAACACUAAAAAUCAAGUACAUGGAAACAUGUAUAAAAUUUCAAAAUUCUCUAUUAUUAUUUCAAGGGUAAUUGAAAAAGAAAAUUUAUAUUAUGAACCUUCAGAACAUACAGUAAAACAUAUAAUUGAAAAAGUAGAUACGGGAUUAGGGGAGACGCAGAAAUAUAUUGUAUUAUUUGAAGGAGGAUAUAAAGCUAAAGUUAGUUCAGACCAAAUUAUUAAAUAUGAUCGGGGGAAUAUUGCUUUAAAAAAUUAUAAUGAAAACAUAAGUUCAUUAAUAAAUGAAGAUGGUAUGGAGAAAGAUUUUUUAAAGAAAGAAUAUGAUUAUUCUUCUGAUGAUAUUCCAUCAAUUGGGAAAGGAUGGCCGGAUGAAAUAUUUUUCAAAGAUAAAUUGUCUCCUGUUUCUUCAGAGAAAGCGUUAUCUAAUGAUAUUUUCCAAGAUACAGAAGAAGAAGAUAUAUUUACAUCGUCCAAAUGGAAAAAUAUAGGAUUAGGAGAAAUUAUAUUUUCUAGAGCAAAAACAAGUAUAUCAUAUGAGCCAGAAAACUCAAAAAAAAUAAGAAAAGAAUAUAAAAAAAAAGCAUCUGGAUUUCAAAUAAGAAGAUCGAACCGUAUCAAGGAAUGUUCUGUAGACUAUAAGGAAGAUAAAUAUGAAUCUUCUGAGGAUUCGUCUUCUGAUCAUUAUAUGAAUGAAUCACAAGAUAUGUUUUUAAAAAUAUUAAAAAAAGAUAAAAAAAAGUCAGGAAUUACUUUUUUUCCAGUGUUUAAUGACUUUAUGGAUUUUCAUAAACCUUUUUGUGAGAGGUGUGGUGGAAAUAGGGACCUUAUACCUUGUCAAGGCUGUUGCAUAACAUAUCAUCAAGAUUGCAUGGGUUCUAGAGCUAAUAAAGUUGUCGUUUUAACUUUAAUUGGUGACAAUGAGUACGUUUUUCAAUGCUAUUAUUGUAUGGAAAUGAAAAAGUCAUUUAAAUUAAGGAAUAGAUGUUAUGUUUGUGGGAAAGUUGGAGAAAAUUGUAUAAAAUUUGAUGUAUCACAAGAAAAUUCCAUGCAUGACGACUUUGACGAAUUGAAAAAAGAAAAUCAAAAAAACACUGAUUUUAUAAUAAACAAUUCAAAGGGAUUACUUUGGAGAUGUAAUAAAUGUUAUCGUGCAUGUCAUUUUUAUCAUUUACCUAAACAAUUUUAUAAAGUUGAAGAAUCUAAAGUAUCUCAAUUUGGUGAUUAUAUUAAAAAUUGGACAUGUAAUGAAUGUAUAAAAUAUCCAUACUAUAUAGAUAAGAUUUUGGGAUGGAGAAUUUCUUCUGAUAGCAAGCCUAUUGAUAUUAUUGUCGGUGAAUGUAAUGUAGAUUGUGCUGAAUGGUAUCGAGAAUAUCUUGUAAAAUUUAAAGCUCAAUCUUAUUUAAGAGUUGCAUGGGUUCCUGGACUCUGGUUAUCUGGGGUUUCAAAGAUAAAGAAUUAUUUUGAUCUUCAAGAAAAUAUUUCAAUUGAAAAUAUUGAAGAUGUUAUUCCUGAAGAUUAUUGUACUGUUGAAAUUAUUUUUGAUAUUAAAUAUAAGGAUGAUCUACUUAGAAGUCAGAAAAUGUUUAGAAACAAGGAGGAAGAAAUAGAAGCAAUAAAUACUGUAAAUGAAGCAUUGUGUAAAUGGAAAGGUUUAGAAUAUAAUGAUGUAACAUGGGAAAAGGUACCUGAAAAUAAUUCUCCUCGUUGGGAAGCGUUUAAAAAUGCAUAUAUACAAUUUGUUGAAAGUCAUUAUAUACAUAGUCUUGGUAAAAAUAAAUCACAUAGAAUUAUGAAAAAUGUUUCAUUUUCUGAUCUUAUAAUUAAGGAUCAGCCAAAAUAUAUACAGGGUGGCGAACUUAUGGAGUAUCAAAAAGAAGGACUCAAUUGGCUGUAUUAUAUGUGUCAAAUGGGGCGUUCAGUAAUAUUAGCAGAUGAAAUGGGUUUAGGGAAAACAAUUCAAAUAAUAUCCUUAUGUUCUGUACUUUUUUAUGAAUGGGAAAAAUGGCCAUUUUUGAUAGUCGCACCAAAUUCUACAAUAUCUAAUUGGAAACGUGAAUUUUCAAAAUGGUGUCCUCGUUUGCAUGUUGUUCCAUAUCAUGGGGAAAAAAUUCAAAGAGAUAUUAUACGCCAAUACAGAUUGUUUCAUCAUCAGUCUGGAGAUCUUAAAUGUCAUGUUGUUUUAACUAGUUAUCAUACAAUUAUAACUGAUUCUACAUUAAGUAAUUUUGAUUGGGAAUGUUUAAUUGUAGAUGAAGGGCAACGUUUAAAAAAUGAACAUUCUUUAUUAUUUAAAAAGUUGACUGCUUACAAAUCACAGAAUCGUAUUAUUCUUACAGGAACUCCUUUACAAAACAAUAUUAAAGAACUUUUUAAUUUAUUACAGUUUUUGGAUCCAGAAAAAUUUGAUACAACUAAAUUAUCUUUUGAAUAUUCAGACAUGACUUCUGAAAAAGUAACUCAAAUGCAUGAUAUUUUAAGGCCUCUGUUAUUACGUAGAACAAAAUCAGAAGUCCUUAAGUCAUUACCACAAAAAUUAGAAAUUAUUCUUCCUGUAACAAUGUCAUCUCUUCAAAAAAGUCUAUAUAAAUUGAUCUUGUCUAAAAAUGCAAAAUUGCUUAUGUCAAUAAUGUCUAAAUCUACUACUGAUCGUCCUUUAACAAAUUAUAAUAAUACAGCACUUUCAAAUAUUUUAUUACAGCUUAGAAAAGUCUUAUCGCAUCCAUAUGUUUAUAGUCCAAAUGUUGAAGAGAAAACAUCUAAUGAAGAAUUGGAAUAUGAAAGAAUGGUUAAGGCAUCUGCAAAACUAGAAUUUCUUAGUAAAUUGUUUCCCAAACUUAAAAGAAGGGGAAGAAGAGUUUUAGUUUUUUGCCAAUUUACUUUAACAUUGGAUAUUCUUGAAGAUUGGUUAAAUUACAUAGGUUAUAAAUCACAAAGAAUUGAUGGAACAACUCCAACAUGUGAUCGUCAACGCAGAAUUGAUCAAUUUAACGCAAAAGACUCUGAGUCAUUUUGUUUUUUACUUUCUACAAGAGCUGGGGGUGUUGGUAUUAAUUUAGCAAGUGCAGACACUAUUAUAAUAUAUGAUAUUGAUUUCAAUCCACAUCAAGAUAUCCAAGCCAUAUCACGAUCAUAUAGGAUAGGUCAAACUAAAAAUGUUUUAGUAUUUAUAUUAGUAACAAGAAAUACAGCAGAAGAGAAAAUAUUAGAAGGAGCUAGACGAAAAAUGGUAUUAGACCAUUUAAUAAUUGAAAGUUUAGAUGAAAAAAGCGAAACUUCUAUUGAUUAUCAAACUAUUCUUAGUUUUGGCGCAAAAUCACUUUUUGAUGAUCAAAAUAAUGAUCAAGAAAUAUAUUAUAAUGAUAAUGAAAUCGAAGGUUUAUUGGAGCAAAGUGAAAAAGAUGUUUCAAAGCAAGUUAACAAGAAUUCUGUAGAUUCAUUUUCAUUUGCUAAAGUUUGGGAAUAUUCUAUGAUGAAUAAAUCAAAUGAAGAUUCUAAAGAUAAUGUCAAAUCAGAAAUUGCUGAUAUAGAUUUCUGGGAUAAAAUUAUAAAUGAAAAUAACAUAGAAAAUAUUUCAGAUAACUCCAAUAUGGAAAUUGGAAUGAGAGGAAGGAAAAGAAAAAAAAUAAAUUAUUCUCUAGAUAUUUCAAGUAUAAAAUCUCAGAAAUUUAAAAAAACAGAAGCAAUUCUUAAUUCAUCAGAUACAGAAUUUUAUGAGAAUACUGACUACUUGAGUAACAAUGAAAAUAAUCAUAUAAAUAAACAUGGCCAUGUUCGUAAUAAAAUAUUUCGGGAUGGUUCAUGUUUAAGGACUAUUAAUACUCAGGAAAAAUUAAAUACAGAAACAUUCACAGAAGCAAUAUCAGAUACUCAUGAUGUCUUAGAAUCACAUAAAUAUUUAACUAAUGGUUUAAAAAAUAAUAAACAAAAACAUAAACAAAAACAUAAAAAAAAACCGAAAUCAAUUACUAAUUUGAAUAUAAUCAUAGAUAUUCCAAAAGAUCUAACCAAAAAGAACGUAUGUCAAUAAUAUUAUUUUUCUAAUUUUAUUAAAUUUCAACAAAAUUUUCUC